AUGGCAGCUCCCGACACACAAGAUACCUAUCGAACUGUUGCCCAGGGUGAUGCGAGACUCCAUCCUGAGAUAUGGGACUCCACGACUUCGUCGCCUUUAUAUGCUACCAAUACUAGCGAACACCAUACACCAAAUGCGCUAACUUCAGAUCUAGAGGUUGCUUCCCGAAAAGCGGGGAUACGUCCCCGUCCGUCGCGACAUAGACGGUCCCUCUCACAGGUCUUCCCUGAUGGACUAUGGCCUAACGCUCCUACCGGCGUCAACCCUAGGAGAACAUGGAGGGGAUCAGUUCCGACAUAUACACCGUGGAAAGUUCAGGGGUUAUUAGAUCUACUCUUCGAGACCCUCCCUCCUCAUUUAGUUUUCAUUAACGUCACGAAAACUGAAUACCGUAAAAUGAGAACGGGAUCCCAACACGAGUUCAUCAUUGUUGAAGUGGAAGAUGCCAAUGUUGGCGUGAAGAACUAUAUGAUACUCGAUCGUACUGCCAAUCCCUUGGCGCGAUCAUCGCCUACGUUUAUUUCACGCACCAUAAUAGCGUCCUCAAAAGUGCUUGCCGAGGACCAGGUUAGAGUAUCUUAUAACGGGGACAAACAGCAGUUACUACAAGAUUGCGGAUACGGAAAUUGUAUCCUCCUAGCAGAGAAUCACUUCGAGACCACAAAAGAGGAAGACAAGCUCAAACUAUAUGAGCUUGUUGCCUUUGCUUGUCACGCUUCUCAGGAUCACCCUAGCUACAGUUUAUUGAAAAAGAAUUGCUAUUGGUUUGCCGGGCUAAUCAACGACUACCUCAAGUCACGAAACCCAGACGGCUACAAGACUUACGAUGACCAUAAGGUUCGGAAAGGUGCAUAUCGCAUAUUCAAGGCAAUCGGGUUAGAUAUAUACUACCGUACCACAACGGACGAAAAAGAAAGGGAAAAAACAGCCGAAUUCAUAAUGGCCGAGUUCGAAGACUAUACAAUUAACUGGUUGGAGUCACGAUUGGAAAAUACCCGGCAAUAUUGGGAGGAAGAAUUGCAUGCGGCCCUAAGUCACAGGGGUUAUGGCUUGCCGACACCAGGCGGUAUUCAGUAA